AUGUCAGACUCUGCAGGUUUCCUCGAGUUCAAACUUGACUACUCAGGAUGCAAGAACCUCGCUAUCGGCGAGGCUGUCUACUCCAAGAACAUCUCCGCCGGAGGGCACGUCUGGAGGAUCAGAUGCUACCCGCGUGGAUCCGUGAAAGAGGACAAUGGAGAGUACUUAUCCAUUUACCUUGAGCUCAUGAGCGAAUCAAGAAACGUCAAAGCUAUCUUCGAUGUCUUCGCGAUGGAAAGAGACGGCGCGCCAUCGUCGUCCCACGCAAGGAGGUGCGUGAAGGUUUAUCCACCCGAGGGCUACAGGGCGUGUGGAUUUUUGCAGUUCGUGAAGCGAAGCGAUCUUGAGUCGCUCUAUGUUGCCAAUGGCUGGGCGAGGAUUAUGUGCGUGGUCAUAGUCGUGCGAGAUGAUGACCCCCUGGACGUCCCGCCCUCUGACAUCGGGAGCCAUCUCGGCCACCUGCUCGAUUGCCCGGAGACCUCCGACGUUUCAUUCGUCGUCAACGGCGAGGCAUUCCCAUCUCACCGGGCGGUGCUCGCCGCCCGCUCCCCGGUCUUCAAAGCACAGCUCUUCGGCUCCAUGAAGGAAGCUGCAAUGUCAUCCAUCACCCUGCAUGACAUCGCGCCCGCGACGUUCAAGGUCAUGCUUCGGUUCAUGUACACGGAUUCGUUGGCAGGAGAAGAUGAUGAGCUCGGGGACUCUGCAACAGAGAACGAGAAGUUCCAGGAUCUGCUCGCUGCGGCUGAUCGCUAUGCGUUGGACCGCCUGAAGCUUCUGUGUGCCAGCAAGCUGUGGGAUAGCGUGUCGGUGGAUACGGUUGCUGCUACUCUCGCCUGUGCCGAGACAUACAACUGCCCGAAGCUGAAAACGAAGUGCAUGGGCUUCUUUGCAGAGGAGAAGAACUUCAAGAAAGCUGUGUUAACUGAUGGUUUUGUUCAGCUGGUGCAAAAGUUCCCGUCUAUUGUUGCUGAGCUGAGAGAGGUGGUUAAUGGGGAAUAG